ACGUCAAAUUACAAAUAGGUUAAAAAAAACACAAUCUAGAACGUAAAACGUUGAUACAAGUUUUUUCCUGGUUCCUGCAAGUAUUUUUUAGAUUUGAGAAUAUAUGCAGGUUUGAAUAAAAUGUUGAAUCAACAGCAUCCUCUCUUGAAUACUGUGGAUCCUUACGUGGAACCACUACUGAAGACUGUUUUGCAAAACAAAAGACUUGGAAUUUGUUACAAUCUAGUAAAGUUGGAAUCGGCAUGGUCGAGCAGUUGCAAAGCUAAAACUGACUGUUUCAAAUUAUCUAUUCCCUAUGCUGGAGAACAUUUGGUGUGGAAUAUAUUGUUUAAUUCACAAUGUCUCGAGAUGGGACCUGAUUUUAUAUUCAACGAUCAGAAUUUUUUAGCUGAUCCGGAUAUUGAUAUCUUGUCUGACACAGUACCUAGUCUAGUUAAGUGGAAACCUAAUGACACCAAUGCAUUGUUCAAUGUGUUGGUUGAACUGUUACAAUAUUAUAAACAUUAUCAGAUACAGUUACUUGGAAAUCAGGGAGAACGACUGCAAUUCGAAUAUAGCACGCUCAUUGGUGAAACAGAAACACGUACAGACGAUGUGGAAGUGAUAAUGUUACCGUUAGGAGCAAAGCCUACGGAAGCGAGAUUUUUAAUUCGCCUAAGGCUUUGGGAAUAUAUAGAUUAUUCCCAGCUGCCUUUGCGAUCCAACAAAUCACAGAAUGAUGAGGCGAUGCUUAUUAUUACGUUUUUUGGACCAGAUUGGAAUCGUAUCGUGCCGCAACUUCAUCUCUCUAAGAACUUGGAAGAUUUUCUCGGUGGUUCUGACACUCUGCGCGUUCCACCAUUUCCGUCUAACAAAUAUCUCAUGGAUUAUGUUCCGGAAGUGAAGAAAUUUAUCGAAGAAAAAAUAAAGACAGUAGUUCAGUGCUUCGAGAGCAGAAAGAGCUUUGUAACUGUUAUAAUUAUGCUGCAACGCGGUAGUCUGGUGGAAUACGACUCUUCGGAAUUCAAUUGGAUCGUCGUUGUGUUGGAACAUCGUGACUUUCAUUUUCUCGUGCACUUUCGUCUCCCACCAACGUUUCCAAAAGAGAAGCCGCACGUUAUACUGCGGUCUGUGUAUCAUAUGUCGUCGCAAGGCGUUUUGUACGAAGAAGUAUUGGACGAUAUACCUUAUAAUAGUGAAUGGCAAAUAGGAAUAAUGGUGCAAAAGUUGUUGACAUACAUAAUAGAAACUGCAGCUCCAAAAUUUCAGACAAACUCCAUUAAAAAAACCAAUCGUUAUUAAUCAUCUCUGAUUUAUAGUAUAAAGUUACAUCAUCUCUUUAAUACAUUUAUGAAAGUGUCCCGCGGUAAAGAAAUUUUUCCGAUCAUUCUCAUUUUUUUCUUUCCUUCCGUUUGUUGCGCUA